AUGAAAUUAGCGCGAAAUGCUGGACACUCGUCCGUGCCUCUUACUUUGCGAAGUUCGUCCAAUUAUCUAAAUAAUGUUAUUAUAAUUCAAUUAUUUCCCGAGACAGACUACCCCGAGGGCAUCUGUUCGAUCAUCGUAAUCAAUAUUUCUUUUCUCGAAUCAUAUCUAUCUAUCUAUCUAUCUAUCUAUCUAUCUAUCUAUCUAUCUAUCUAUGCACAUAUUUAUCGUUUUGAUUUAAACGUAUUGGGAUGUGUUAUGCCAACCAUCGAAUGUAUCUAUUCAGCUAAGCUAGCUAGCCAAGUCUGGUCAUAUCUAUCUAUCUAUCUAUCUAUCUAUCUAUCUAUCUAUCUAUCCAAUAAUCCUGCCGUCGUCAUGCAAAGUGGAUCUAAUUCUCUCCCAUAUUCAUUUCGUUACUCUCCUUCUUCAUAUUAUUCUCCUUUCCGACACCCGUCUUCUCUCUCCCUUUCUACCACUCUCUCUCACUCCCUCCCUCUAUAA